GGCACUCUGCCUAGCACCCGCUCUGCUUUCUUUUACAAAAUAAGUGCUGCCGCGUCGGAUGUAAAAUACAAAAAGAAAAAAGAUCUUUUAAGUUUGUUUUUUGCCUCCAUAGUCGUAUUAAUUAUAAAGUAUUCUUUUUUAACUAUUUCCCAAAUUAAGAAAUAAUUAAAAUAAACUAGUAAUUUUAAUAUUUUUACAAAAUUUUUGGACUUAAUUUUCGUUAAAACUCUAAAGAAAAGAAGAAGAACGAACAAAUUGAACAACAAUGGCCGACGAAGUUGAAGUCCAAGAGAAAACCAUUGCCGAGGAUUUAGUUGUAACCAAAUAUAAAUUGGCUGGUGAAAUAGUUAACAAAACGCUUAAAGCAGUCAUCGAUCUCUGUGUUGCUGAUGCCUCUGUGAGGGAAAUCUGUACAAAGGGUGACAAUCAAAUCACUGAAGAAACUGGAAAAGUUUACAAAAAGGAAAAAGACUUAAAAAAAGGAAUUGCAUUUCCAACCUGUGUAUCAGUUAACAAUUGUGUUUGUCAUUUUUCACCAACAAAGAAUGAUCCUGAUUGUAUUCUUAAAGAAGGAGAUGUUGUGAAAAUAGAUUUGGGUGCCCAUAUUGAUGGAUUUAUUGCAGUAGCAGCACACACUAUUGUGGUUGGAGCAUCAAGUGAUAACAAAGCAACAGGCAAAAAGGCUGAUGUUACCCUAGCUGCUUACUGGGCAGUGCAAGCUGCUCUUAGGCUGAUUAAAGAUGGAGCCAGUAACUAUGCAAUCACCGAAGCCGUACAACAAGUUGCCGAAUCAUAUAAAUGCAAACCAAUCGAAGGUAUGCUUAGUCAUCAAUUGAAACAAUUCAAAAUCGAUGGCGAGAAGACAAUUAUUCAAAAUCCAAGCGAAGCCCAACGCAAGGAACACGAAAAAUGUACCUUUGAAACUCAUGAAGUGUACGCCAUUGAUGUUAUUGUCAGUUCAGGUGAAGGAGUUGGUCGUGAGAAGGACACAAAAAUUUCAAUCUACAAGAAGACCGACGAAAACUAUCAACUUAAACUGAAGGCAUCAAGGGCUCUCCUAGCUGAGGUUAAGACAAAAUAUGGAAAUAUGCCUUUCAAUCUGCGACACUUUGAUGAGGAGACUAAAGCACGAAUGGGUGUUGUUGAAUGUGUUUCCCAUAAAAUGAUUGAACCAUUCCAAGUGCUGUAUGAAAAACCAACUGAAUAUGUGGCUCAAUUCAAACACACUGUCCUGCUUAUGCCAAACGGUGUCAAUUUGGUAACCGGCAUCCCAUUCGCUGAGGAGAACUUUGCUAGUGAGCACAGUAUAGCUCAACCUGAACUUAAGGAACUCGUAAACACCCCAAUUAACCCCUCAAAAAGUGCCAAGAAGGGAAAGGGUUCAAAGAAGAAGGUAGCCAGCGAAUCGGAAUCAGCAGCGAAAGCAAAAGUAGAAUCAACACCUGCUGUUGAAACUAAAGCAUAAUUGUUUUACACAUAUGUAUAACGAGAUUGUUUUAAUCUUUUUUUCUUUUUUUUUUUUUGAGGAGAAUUAUGAUGUAUAAUUUUUUUAUUUCAUCAUUUUCUCAUUUGAUUUCUACAAAUUCAGCGAAUUAAAUAAAAAAAAAUAUAAAAAUAAAUUAAACAAAAAAAAAAAAAAACAUAAUAAAAAACCA